AUGGUUCAGCCACUGGGCUCACAGCUCGCUGGUUCCGGGAUUCUUAAUGACUGGCCUCAGGGGGUGGUCUAUUUGCUCGCACCGUCUUAUUCUAAAAAGCUGCCGGAUGUGGCAAUUAGAAGUCUCAUCGUUGCCAGAUCUGACUUACCAGCAACUGAACAGCUCAGGAAAACAAAAGGCCCGUAUGCCAACACCAGAAUAACGCGGAUUGUUACUCCUUCUCACCCUGCUAAUGGUCAAUAUGGCCUUUUCGCUCGCCAACACCUUCCGCCGGACUCGUUCAUUCUCCCAUAUCUAGGCUACGUUCAUGACAAGACUGACACUGAUGAGCAAUCCGACUAUGACCUAUCUCUGGAUCGCAACCUCGGUAUCGGCGUUGAUGCGUCUAAGAUGGGUAAUGAAGCUAGGUUUAUCAACGACUACCGUGGAGUUUCGACGGGACCGAAUGCUGAAUUUCGCGACUUUUUCGUUGACAUCGGGAACGGCAAAGGAGAAAAGAGAAUUGGAGUAUUUGUCCUCAGUGUAGGUAAGAGUGGGAAGAGAGUGAAAGGCAUCGCAAAGGGUGAAGAGAUCCUGAUCAGCUACGGCAAAGGAUUCUGGACCGAGCGCCAGAAGACCCAAGAGUAG